AUGCCGGAUUACAUAUCGCGUUGGAAGGGCGAGCACUUGGCAAGUAGCAAGGCUUACAAGGCUUGCGAUCUGCGGGACGGAAAUCCUUGUCCACCUUGCCUAGAAGCCAUAGAGCUCGAAAAGGAAGUAGAGGCAGCAAGACAAGCCCUUAACAAUUUACUGGAGAAGAAAAACGACAUGCUCAUCAAUAUUAACCGUUAUCAUGAUCCAUUAUGUUCUCGACUUCCACCCGAGAUUACUUCGAAGAUCUUUGAAUGUUACAGGGACUUAUUGGAAGAUGAAAGGGAAAACACGUCCACAGUAUACCGUCGACGGGAGCCAUUAAUCCUCCGACUCGGAGCAGUCUGCAAAGCAUGGCGGGAUAUAGCGUGGUCUUCUCCAUUUGUCUGGAAUCAUCUACGGAUCUAUCCGACCAAAAGUGCAACUCAACUUUACAAUGACGGAGUCGAACAGUGGCUAAAGCGAGCGGGAGGCUUACCGCUUUUCUUGUCGAUCAAAUUGAACGAAUUCAGAACGAAACAUCCAAUUAAUGAUCGACUUAUGGCAAUCAUUAAUCGCUAUUCCCAUCAGUGGAGGGAAUUCUCUCUUGAGUGCCAUCCUGACCACCUGGUUAUGUUCUCCGGAAAUUCCAACGGAGCGCCUCUUUUAUCCCGACUGUCUAUUGAUUUAUGUGUUACCAAUCCACCACCGACUGCGCAGUUUUGUCUGCCAUCUAUGGAACCUCGACCAAUUUAUGUAAAGCUGUCGAGUGUUAGCCUCACACGACUGGUUAUGAAAUGGGAUAAUGUGACACAUGUACAUUUCUCUAGCAUCGCAUUACACGAGCUUCGUACGCCUUUUCAACAAGCCACAAGGUUAAUCAAAUGCUAUUUGGGAUCAACAGGUCGAGUGGACCAAGCUUCACUAGAAUCCAGAAUUUCGUCAGCUUCCCGUCAAAGCCGCAUUACAUCUCCGCUAAAGUCACUUUUCCUACAACACUAUUCAGGGCAAGAGGUCCUGCUCCUCUUUCAGAUGUUCUCGUUUCCAAAGUUAUCGAUUCUUGAACUCGUUGCUAUCCGAAAGGUUGACAUAAACUCGCUCUUCUCAACGCUGAAUCCUACAUCCAUUCAUCUGAAACAACUUACGCUGAACUUGUUAAAUUCUACAGUUCAAACACAGAUUCUCCUUGGUGCACUUCAGAGAUUUCCCUCGUUGGAGAAUUUAACCUUGAAUUCAAAGACUCCCAAGGACUUGCUGCACACCAUCGGUAACAAUUUUGUUGCCAACAAAUCUGGAGAUUUCUACCCCACGAUUCUUCCCAACCUCAAAGACUUUACUCUUCAUAUAACCAGCGAGUGGGAUAUUGACCUUUGGCGCCUCAUUCCACGCAUUUUUGGACCCUGGACUGAAGGCGAUAAUAGUUCCAACAGAUCAAAUCUCAAACGGGUAUCAAUUAUCAGCUCUGAUAACCAGCCUCAAAUCUGUGUAGAGAAAGAUGUUUUGGAACGACUACUUGAACUUGGUCGAUCAAGGUUUCAUUUGACAGCAUGGAAAUACGGCGAUUUAAUCGAGGCGUCAAUAAUUUAUCAUGGUCUAUAA